AUGUAAGAUUCUCCUAUCGCUUCCCUCAUAACACAAGUCAAUUUAGAGGUCUUUCUAUGAGGAUAUGCGGAAGAUAAAAAUUUAAACAAACUUCUUCUGUUAAACCAAGGCCACAGGUGGUGCCCGGAGAGUUUGACAUAAAAAAGACCUGCAAAUUGACAAAAGAGAACCGCCCCUUUUUUAAGUAAAUAAGGCUUCGAAAGCAACGUUGAUAUAAAAUAUUUAGCAAAAUUAAUUCCCCAUACUUUCGAUAUCUUUGUUUACAUCUCCCUUUUGUAAAAUAGUUUAUCAUGCCGGAGAAAGACCAGGACUAGGAUGGAAACAAGGAGCUCAGAAGACAUACAGUACUAUAACCAUCAGAUGAUGUCACCAGAAAUCGUCGAAUUAGGAGAGGAUAUAAAGAGUAGCAUAUGUAGCAGAGAGGAAGGAAGUGCUGAUGUUUUUGUUGCAGUGGGGAAAAAUGAUUUGGAUGUGAUCACAUGGGUUCUCAAUCAUGCUGCUCUUCCAGGAACACGCGUUUUUCUUGUUCAUGUUUAUCCGCCCAUCGCCUACAUCCCUACACCUGUUGGGAGGCUAUCAAGCAGCCAGUUAAGUAAUGAACAGGUGCAAAUCUACAUUAAGGAAGAGAAUAACAAGAGGAGAAAUCUAUUGCAGAAAUACAUCACCCUCUGUACUGAUGCCAGAGUGCCUGUGGACACGAUGCUUGUUGAAAGUAAUGCAGUAACCAAAGCAAUCCUAGAUCUAAUUCCAGUCCUUAACAUUACAAACCUUGUCAUGGGAACUAAACGGCCUCCUAUUAGGCUAUUAAAGAAGAGUGUAGGAAAAGCAGAAUAUGUUCAGAAGAGCGCACCAGAGUAUUGCGAGGUCACCAUUGUUCAUGAAGGCAAAAAAGUUGUCGAUGGCAAACAACAACAAUUAAAUGAGAACGGCCCUUCCAUUGUUGCAUCCAAUCCCGGGAAAUUAAAAAGUGCUCAGCAACCUCCAAGAACUUUCCUCGACUGCAUAUGCUUCUCAGGGAAAUUCAGCUGAAUUAGUGAGCCUGGUAUAUGAAUUAUUAGAAUGUAUAACAAAAUCAUCAUGCAUAGACAAACUUAAAGAGGCCCAUGUUGGGUGGCAGUAUUUUUGCGAACAAAUUAUGUUUCAGCCGGACACAUGAUCGUGUAAUCUGGCUAAUGGAGAGGGGGGAUUUGGGGUACGUAGCAUUACUCAACAACUUAUUAGUGCAAUGUUCAAUGGAAGGAAACUUGUCGCAAUAGAAUCGAAUUAAGCACUGUAAUGUAAUUCAUCAGCAGUUAUAAUAGGGAAUUUCUUAUUCCUGGGAAUAAUUUUUUUUGCCA